UGGGAAGAAGCGUACAGCUCUGAGCUGAGAAACUUUGAAGAAGACGAAGAUGAUGUUGGCGACGUUUGGUUUGGUCGUCAGUGUUUGAAAAGAGUCGUUGAAGCUUUGAAGCGUCGUUGGGAUGAUCCAAUGUCACGAUCGGAAGUUUCAGUAUUGGAUUUGGGGACGGGAAAUGGGGUCACUUUAGUUGAACUACGCAAGGCUGGCUUCAAAAAAUUGUCUGGGAUCGAUUAUGUUUCCUCGAGCAUCGAUCUGGCGAAUGCGAUUCUUGUUAAAGAAUUUGGCAUUGAUCACGGGACGCAUUUAUGCUGUAUGGAUUUCAUGAAUGAAUCGGACUUCAAAACAUUAGAAAACGUCCCGUUCGACGUUUGUUUCGACAAAGGAACUUACGACGCCAUUCGACUGAAUCCAGAUUGUUGCGCGCAGAAAACUCCGAAAAUUUAUGCGCAAAAUGUGAAAAAAAUGCUG